CACAAUCCAGAGAGCAGCGCUUUGACGCACCACGCAGAGUUGGAUUUUACUGUUGCGCGCCGGUCACUCGCGGGUUUUUUGGCCACUCUCGUUGUCUGCCCUCUUUGCCACUGAGCGUCACUUGAUAGCUCAUGCUGCCGGGAUCAACAGCUUUCCGCCACGGUGACCUCUGUCUGAGUUUUGGGGAGAGCCAAGCGCUUGCCGCUGCCUCGGCGCACAGCGCGUGUGGUGAAUUAAUAAACCCGGAGAGGCAUACCUGGAGUGCGUGAACACACUCCAAGCGUCCGUGCUUGACAGCAUUUCUUUGGAUCAGUUCGAGGAUUAAGGUGUUUUACUUGGUUGGAUCCACGCGCAUUUUCCAUUCACAGACAGAGGACAUACCGGGAAGAUCUGGGCACCGCAUGCCGAAGACAUGUGGAAGUUUGCGCCACUGUAGCGCAGCCUCAAAGCCUGUCCACUGUCUUGUCUACAUCCGGCUAACUGGGACCAAACUCUUUAUUUGUCACAAACUUAACCCAUCUUAGAGGACCCAAAUGUAAAUUACCAGCCAAUACCUUGAUUUUAACAAGAACAUCUGCAAAGGAGGAGUGCGCUAACGAGGGGACCGCAUCCUCAGGUUGCUGAGCUCCUUCAGAGGAUCCCCUGGCUUUGUUUAUUCUUAGUUUUUUCUUUUUUUCUAAACCCACCUCUGUGGGCAUUUUUAAGUGUUUUGCGGGUCUGACAUUGGCCCACACUUGCCGCAGUGAUGGUGGGAGCUCUGCGCCCCGCUGCUUCUAGCCGCUCCCUGGCGACUGUCUCGGGGCUCCUGGUGAUUACGAUUUUGCUGUCCAGCGGAGCGGACGCUCAGCCCUGCCCGACCCAGUGCUCUUGCACCGGAACCACAGUGGAUUGUCACGGCCAAGGACUCCGCAGCGUCCCCAGGAACAUACCCCGAAACGCCGAGAGGCUGGAUCUGAAUGCAAAUAACCUCACUAAAAUCACCAAGGCGGAUUUCGCAGGACUCAGGCAUCUGCGAGUGUUGCAGUUAAUGGAGAACAAAAUCACCACAAUUGAAAGAGGAGCCUUCCAGGACCUGAAGGAGCUGGAGAGAUUGCGCCUGAAUCGGAAUAAUCUCGCUGUGUUUCCUGAGCUGCUUUUCCUGGGAACAACAAAGCUUCACAGACUCGACCUCAGCGAGAACCAGAUACAGGGAGUUCCACGGAAAGCCUUCAGGGGAGCCGUGGAAAUCAAGAACCUCCAGCUGGACUACAACCACAUCAGCUGUAUUGAGGAUGGAGCUUUCCGAGCGUUACGUGACCUGGAAGUGCUCACCCUCAAUAACAACAACAUCAGCCGUCUGUCUGUGGCCAGCUUUAAUCACAUGCCAAAACUCAGGACUUUCCGCCUGCACUCCAACAACCUGCAGUGUGACUGCCAUGUCGCCUGGCUCUCCGAGUGGCUGCGACAGCGCCCCCGCCUGGGUCUCUACACGCAGUGCAUGUCUCCUCCGCACUUGAGGGGGCACAAUGUGGCUGAGGUGCAGAAGAAGGAGUUUGUGUGCACAGAUGCCUUUGAAGGUCACCAGUCGUCAUCAUCUUCCUCCUGCAGUGUGUUACAGUGCCCAGAGUCCUGCACCUGCAGCAACAACAUUGUGGACUGCAGAGGAAAGGGCCUGACAGAAAUACCCACCAACCUUCCCGAAACCAUUACUGAGAUACGACUGGAGCAGAACGCCAUCAAGGUGAUCCCAGCUGGAGCCUUUUCUCCUUAUAAGAGGCUGCGCAGGAUAGACUUGAGCAAUAAUCAGAUAUCGGAGCUGGCCUCAGAUGCUUUCCAGGGCCUGCGGUCCCUCAACUCUUUGGUUCUAUACGGGAACAAGAUCACAGAGAUUUCCAAGGGUCUGUUUGAGGGACUGUUUUCACUGCAGCUGCUCCUAUUGAAUGCCAAUAAAAUAGCAUGUCUGCGAGUGGACGCAUUCCAGGAUCUUCAUAACCUCAAUCUACUCUCACUGUAUGACAACAAGCUCCAAACCAUCGCCAAGGGGACCUUCGCAUCUUUAAGAGCCAUACAAACCCUCCACUUAGCCCAAAACCCCUUUAUCUGUGACUGUCACCUGAAGUGGCUGGCUGACUACCUGCAGGACAACCCCAUCGAGACGAGCGGCGCUCGAUGCACCAGCCCGCGCCGGCUCGCCAACAAACGGAUCGGACAGAUCAAGAGCAAGAAGUUCCGCUGCUCAGCUAGAGAACAGUAUUUCAUCCCAGGUACGGAGGAUUACCGCAGUAAACUCGGAGGAGACUGCUUCGCCGACUUGGCCUGCCCCGAGAAAUGUCGCUGCGAGGGCACGACGGUCGACUGCUCCAACCAGAAACUCACCAAAAUACCAGAUCACAUUCCUCAGUACACGGCUGAACUGCGUCUAAACAACAAUGAAUUCACUGUUCUCGAGGCUACAGGGAUCUUUAAAAAGUUGCCUCAUCUGCGGAAAAUUAACCUGAGCAACAACCGCAUCACUGACAUAGAGGAGGGCACUUUUGAAGGAGCUUCAGGGGUCAAUGAGCUGAUCUUGACCUCCAACAGGCUGGAGAACAUACACCACAGCAUGUUGAAAGGACUCGGCGGCCUCCGCACACUCAUGCUGAGGAGCAACAGAAUCAGCUGUGUGAGCAACAGCAGCUUCGUGGGCCUGAGUUCAGUUCGUCUCCUUUCGCUCUACGACAACCAGAUCACCUCCAUGAACCCCGGAGCGUUCGACACGCUGCACUCUCUGUCCACGCUAAACCUCCUGGCUAAUCCAUUCAACUGCAACUGUCACCUGGCUUGGCUCGGUGACUGGCUGAGGAGGAAGCGCAUCGUCACCGGAAAUCCUCGCUGUCAGAAUCCGUAUUUCCUCAAGGAGAUUCCCAUUCAGGACGUAGCUGUCCAGGACUUCGCCUGUGAAGAUGGCAAUGAUGAGAACAGCUGCUCUCCUGUCAUGAGGUGUCCGGCUGAGUGCUCCUGUCUGGACACGGUGGUGCGCUGCAGCAACAAAGGCCUCACCACACUACCCAAAGGUCUGCCUAAGGAGACCACUGAACUGUAUUUGGAUGGGAACCACUUCACUCAGGUUCCUGUGGAGCUCUCCAAUUACAAACACCUCACUCUCAUUGAUUUGAGUAACAACCAGAUCAGCACGUUGUCCAACCACAGCCUCAGUAACAUGUCCGAGCUGCUUACUCUAAUCCUGAGCUACAACCGUCUGCGCUGCAUACCAGUGAGAGCGUUUGAUGGACUCAAGUCUCUUCGUUUGCUAUCUCUCCAUGGCAACGACAUUUCCCUGAUACCUGAAGGAGCCUUCAAGGAUCUGUCAUCGCUUUCUCACUUGGCUCUGGGGGCUAACCCUCUGUACUGCGACUGCCACAUGCAGUGGUUGUCCGACUGGGUGAAAAGCGGGUACAAGGAGCCGGGCAUUGCCCGCUGUGCUGGGCCUGGUGACAUGACAGACAAGCUGCUCCUCACCACACCCUCCAAGAAAUUCACCUGCACAGGCCCUGUCGAUCUGAGCAUCCAGGCGAAGUGUGAGCCCUGCCUGUCCAACCCCUGUAAGAAUGACGGCACAUGCACCAAUGACCCCGUGCACUACUAUCGCUGCACGUGUCCUUAUGGAUAUAAGGGUUCAAACUGUGAGGAUCCCAUUCAUGCCUGCAUCAGUAACCCGUGCCAGAAUGGAGGGACUUGUCAUCUGAAAGAAGGAGAAGGAAGCAACUUUUGGUGUGUGUGUCCGGAGGGCUUUGAAGGAGAUUCGUGUGAGAUCAACAUUGACGACUGCGAGGACAACGAUUGCGAGAACAACUCUACCUGUGUGGAUGGAAUCAACAACUACACCUGCAUGUGUUCUCCUGAAUACACAGGAGAGCUCUGUGAGGAGAAGCUUGACUUCUGUGCCCCAGAGCUGAACCCAUGUCAGCAUGACUCAAAGUGCAUUUUGACUCCUCAGGGAUACAAGUGUGAAUGCACUCCAGGCUUUGUAGGUGAGCAUUGUGAGCUGGACUUUGACGACUGUAAAGACAAUAAGUGUCAGAAUGGGGCGCAGUGCAUUGAUGCUGUGAAUGGGUACACCUGCGUCUGUCCAGACGGAUACAGUGGGUUAUUCUGUGAGUUUGCUCCCCCGAUGGUCCUCCCCCGCACCAGCCCGUGUGAUAACCACGAGUGUCUGAACGGGGCUCAGUGCGUUGUGGUGGGAACGGACCCACGCUGCCAGUGUCUCCACGGCUAUGAGGGUGAACGCUGCGAAACACUCGUUAGCGUCAACUUUGUCAACCGAGAGUCCUACCUGCAACUUCCAUCCAACCUGCUCUCACCGCAGACCAACAUAAGCCUCCAGAUUGCAACAGAUGAGGACAGCGGUGUGCUAUUGUACAAAGGAGACAACGACCACAUUGCCAUGGAGCUGUACAGGGGGCGCCUCAGAGUCAGCUAUGACACAGGCUCUUACCCACCCUCUGCUAUAUACAGUGUGGAGACAGUGAAUGAUGGAAGCUUUCAUGCCGUUGAGUUAGUCGCCGCGGAGCAGACUCUGUCUCUGUCCAUCGACGGCGGACCCCCGAAGUCCAUCAGCUCCCUCAGCAAGCAGUCCACUCUCAACAUAGAUUCUCCCCUUUAUCUGGGCGGAAUGCCGGAGCGAGCUUCUGCCUCUGGAGGUCUCUCAGCCUUGCAGCACAGCUCUGGAGGCCGCAAUGGCACCAGUUUUCAUGGCUGCCUGCGCAACCUUUACAUCAACGGGAAGCUCCAGGAUUUGGGGGCCGGUUUGGACCUCGCAGCUCUAAGUUCUGGAAGUUCACAGGGUCCCCAACGGUGGCUGGGCAACGGUGUGGAGCCGGGCUGCCAGCCCUGCCAGAGAGACACCUGCAUUAACGGGGACUGCCACCCAACAGGUCAGCGGGGGUUCACCUGCACCUGUCAUCCAGGAUGGACAGGGACUCUGUGUGACCAGCAAGUUAGCAACCCUUGUGAUGGGAACAAGUGUAUUUAUGGUACUUGUGUGCCAAUCAACUCCUACUCCUACUCCUGCCGCUGCCAGCCUGGUUUCACUGGUGUCCUCUGUGAUGAGAGGGACCAUGACACAGUCAAUUCCUGCAGUCUGUCUCACUGCAAACAUGGCAAAUGUAGAGUGUCGGGCCUGGGGAAGGCGUACUGCGAGUGCAACAGUGGUUAUACAGGAGAAGCAUGCGACAGAGCUUCUCCCGAGCCUCCUCUUAAUCCCACGCGGGGAGCUACUCAGAGGUGGCCUGCAGAGGGGAACGGAUCCGAGAUGUCUACCAGAGGCAGCAAGGCUAUGCGGCGUGCCAAACCCAGGAGAAGGUCUCCCGUUUAGAGUGUCGAGGCAGCUGUCCGGGGGGGUCGGAAGGACAGGGCUCCUGCUGCACCCCCCUCCGUAGCAAACGUAGGAAAUACACCUUCCAUUGCACAGAUGGCUCUUCCUUUGUCCAGGAGGUGGAGAAAGUGGUGAAGUGCGGCUGUACAAAGUGUUCUUCAUAAAAAGAAAGAAUUAAAAAGAAAAAAAAAGAAAGUCCACCGUUUUUUGCAGAUUUCUCCAGAUAUUUUGUGUUCCUGCCCGCCUUACUUGAUCCGCAUCCAUCUUCACUCAUUUUGAGGAAACUACAGCGUAUUCUCCGCCAUGUUUUUCUGACCCCUGAAAAUGGUAAAGGAAAAAAAAAGGAGAAAGGAGUUGUUUUGUUUUUUUUUUUUGUUAGUGCUGGACUGGUGAUUUUAUGCUUCCUCGGUGGGAACCUUGAAUUGUAUUGUAAAGUACAAAAAAAACAGACUUAUUUUUUAUUAUGAAGUGAAGAAAAAAAAAAAAGACCAAAAAAAAAAAAAAAAUCCCACAGAAGCGAACUUUGUCCUUUCUUCUUUUUGUUUGUCAUCAUGACUCCAAUGAUGCGCCACACUGUCCUGUCUCUGGAGAGCUGACGGCUCCGACCAUUUCCUGCUUCGGACUAGUCAGUAGCACAGACUGAACACAGGGAGGAGCUGCACUUGAGGCCCCACUGUAGUGAUCAGUCUCCUUUAGCCUCUGAGGCCGUGUGCACGACCCCACACAGCUGCACUCUUUUAUACAGCCACACAGUGAAAACCCUUACCUGUCAGGUGGAAAAACCCUUCUGUUCAUCCUCCCCGGUCAUGAAUGACAAGUAUUUAUUGUAUCAUAAAUACCUGUACUUACUCAGUAGGUCCCCAUCUUUUCCCAGAUAUCAAUCUGAUUCUUUUAAUAUAUAUUAAUUUAUAUUUGUCCUUAUUUUUGUAUUAAAAGGCAUACUCUGUCAAGCUAGUUGAACUAACAAAAUGGUGUCCUCUAUUUUGCUUUAUGAGAAGCUGUUUUUUUGAUCACUGAAACUAUUGUGCUUGCCAGAGACCUUAGUUACAUUUUAAUCUGCAAAUGUGACGUGAAGACAUUGUAUAUUUUUGUCGCGUUUCCUGAGAGUUUGUACUGUGCCAUUACCAGAAGGUCUUUAUAAUAAGAGUAUAUAUAGAUACUUUCCCUACCUAUGUAUUUCACACAGAGACUUUGUGAGUAGCAUUGACCCUUAGCAGAUGCAUAGAAACUGUUUUUACCUUUUUAACUAAUUUUAAGAAAACUGUGACUUUUUCUAAAUGAAACUACUUUGUUAGCCCCUUCGGUCUCUGAUGUUAACAUGUUGCUGCUAAGUUUUUUGUACUGUAGACUUGGAUCCUGAUCUGUAUGUUUAAUAGAGCUUCAUGCUCCUGACUGUAUGGGGGCACUUUGUGUAACUGAUAAAUAUGCCCCCCCUCCCUCCCUCCAACACACAUGUGCAUUGUGCUUUAUAUUUCCCUCCUUCAUCCCAGACUAAUGUCAGUUCCCUGACUGAUGUUUGUUUAUUAAACACAAUAUUUACCUCACA